CUACAGCGCACUGUGUUCCACAUAUGGCACAUACCAAUACAAUGCCCCAAUAUAGAAUAUGAGUACACACAGCGCCAUCUACUAUCUAGUAGCGGGACAAGAACCUAUUGAAGUGCUUAUAAUAGUACAGUUAUUUACAAAAUGAUGGUUCUGAUGAAAAAAAUGUUUUUUAUUUCAAGUAAGUUUCCGGUUUGUUAAAAGUGAACGACGGUCAGAUAACUUAUUUCAGAAAAGUGGUAAAAUUUGAAAUUUUAGCUUCAAAACGAUUAGAGAAGAUGAAGCCUAACAAACGUCUUGAUUCUACAGUUAUUGACCACAAUCUUGAGGUGCCGUCUGGUAGCGAAGAUGAAUUGGAACUGUCCAAUGGGGAUAGCGAUGACGACAUGAACAAAAUUCAGGAUCUGGUGGUGGGAGAAUUUGAAGUGCCUUCUGGAAUACUGCAAAAUGAUCCAAACAGCAUACCCAGUCGUCAGCCUAGUAAUACCAGCUAUUCGUCACAGCCGAGUACUUCUGGUGUCGUAAACUCUCGAUCCAGGCGGACAUCAUCACGAGCUCACCCACUACCCAAUCCAUCUUCAGUUCCACCAGCUCAACCGACCGUGAAUGUGAGACGAAUGAAACGGAGGUAUAUAUGGAAAAAGACGGAGUUUCAACCGCCCGUUACUACAUUUACAGGCGACGACAUACUGGAGGAACCGUACAUGGGUUUUGAGACACCAUUACAAUAUUUUUUGUAUUUUUUCGAUGAUGAUUUGUUGGAACACAUUGCUGAGGAAUCUACCAAAUAUAGCAUUCAGAAGGAUCCCUCAAAACCUCUUUUGGUCUCGAAGACAGAUACCCAAAAGUUUUUAGGUAUCUGUCUCCUGUUAGGACUGGUCCCACAACCAAAUAUUCGUAUGUUUUGGGAUUCAGACUUAGGUUUACCCAUUAUCACUGAGACCAUGACCUUGACUGAUUUCGAGAAAAUACGGAGUGUCAUUCACUUCAAUGACAACCAAAAUUUUAUACCGAGGGAUCAACUUGGACAUGACAGACUUUUCCGAAUUCGACCCAUAUUGGAGGCACUAAAAAAGAAAUGCCAAGCUGUUCCAAAGAGAGAAACCCUUUCGGUCGAUGAGCAAAUGUGCGCCACAAAAGCUUGCAACUUUCUUCGCCAAUACCUUCCCAACAAACCUCAUAAAUGGGGUUACAAGUUGUUGGUACUAUGCGAUGAUAAAGGUUUUGCAUAUAACUUUGAAGUUUAUUCCGGCACUGAAAACGCCGAUCAAUUUAGGCUUCCUGAUGAACCUGAUUUAGGUGCUAGUAGCAAUAUUGUUGUACGUUUGUGUCGUUGUGUUCCCAGGAAUAAGAAUUACAAAGUCUUCUUUGACAAUUAUUAUACUUCACCUGAAUUGGUAUCCUACUUGGCUAAGAUUGGAAUUCAUUCCUUAGGCACCGUCAACAAAGGCCGUUUAGGAAGUAAUUUGCAACUGCCAUCUCAAAAACAGUUAUCGGAUGCCAAUAAGACCCGUGGAUACUCAGAAGAAUGGGUCACUACUGUAGACGGGGUACCAGUGACAACAGUUAUGUGGCUAGAUAGCAAACCUGUGAUUUUAUUAUCUUCUUUGUCGGUGAGCAGCCUAAAGACAAACUGGCUUUUGUAUAAAAGAGUAGAGUCGCUGAGACAAAACACUAAACUGAUGAAGCUUCGUGAAUUUCGACUGGAGGUAGCUAAAUCACUGUGCUUAUCUGGAGCAUCUAUGACAAGAAAGAGAGGACGACCAACAUCAUACAUAUCAGAUAUGCUUGACGAAAGAAAGAAAAAGAAGCCAAAAGCCAACAUACCACCUAAAGAUGUUAGGAUCGACGGAAUUGACCAUUUUCCUUGCUGGUCAAAUGUUAGACAGCGGUCGGACGCAACUGCAGCGGGGGAACAACAACGAACAAACGAAAUAAAACAAAGCACGGCACGAGGACACAACCGACGAUCUCAAUCGCUCUCCGACAACUGCCAAUUAAAUCUAUGCAUAGAUUAA